UAAAACGUAAAUCAUAGCAGUAGUGGACGCCAAAUUUUCUAGCGCCACGUAGUUUUCAUAAGUAAUUACGGUAUUGGUAAUUGUUAAGUUCUUUUGUUGGUACGAGUCUUGGAAAUAUCUUGCGAGAUUGCAGUCAACAUGGAGAAUGAUGAUGUGAAAAGCACGAAUUCGUCUCCAGGAGGCGAAACUUUGGAACAGAAGCACAAUCGACUGCUAGCGGAACAUGCCAAGGUUCGAAGUCAGUUAGCGGUGCUUAAAAAUGUGGUUGUGGAGGAAAAGAACAACACUGCAGAGUUGAAGAGUCAGAUGCGUCAAAAGGACCAAGCUAUUCGUAGGCUGGAACAGGAGACAGAAAGUAUACGCUUUUUGAAUGGACAGAUGCAGACUCGUUUAGUCAUCCUCCAAAAGGACCUCAUGGAACGGGACACGAAAAGCAAAUCUAGCAGAAGAAAAGAACCUGCACAACCAAGCGUCGCAUCUUCGAGCACGGAGCUGAAUGCCGAUUUUGUGCAGUUGGUGGAAAUUAAUGCGCAUUUGUCGAGCAAGCUAAAUUCCGUUCAAACCGAGAUGGAAACGCGAGUUAAUGAAUUGGAGUCGAAAUUGAGAGAUGCCGCCGUGGCUGAGAAAAACGCAGUUAACCAGCUGACCGAGUAUAAGGAGAUGUUCCAAGAAGUAGAAAAUCGCGUCAAAGCCGAAUGCGAAGCCGCCUGGAGGAAGGAGGUGUCCGAGCAUAAAGGAAGUGUAUUCGAUUUAAGAACGGAAAAUUCUAUUCUAAAAUCAGAACUGGAGAAAGCGAAAAACGACAUAGACAGUUUGCAGAAGAAUAAUACAGAUGUUGCUCAACAAUCCCUGUUCAUAAAAAGUCUUUCGGAACAGAUCGACUCGCAAAAAGAGCAGCUGGUUAAGCUGCAGCAGGACAGAGAGGAAUGGAUGUACAAGGCGCAAAUAUUAACCCUGAAGUCAUCGAGCAGUCAAGCUGAACUUCCCCUGGAACGUAGUGAUAGCGGUGAUUCGCGCACAACGGAGAUGGAAGCACCCGUAAACCAAGUGGAGAGCAGUUUAAGAACGCGUAUUAACACACUUAUAUCCGAUUUGCAACUUGCGGAUGGAAAGGCGUUAUAUUUUCAGGCGGAAUGCUCCGCUCUGCAUUUGCGGCUGCAAAUGGUGGAAGAUGAUAAAAGAAAAGUGGACCAACGCUUGUCGGAGGCGCGAAACCACAUUGAUGAGUUAAAAAAGCAGUUUGAAUCCACGGUGAUCCACACCAACGAACAAAUCAGCCUUAUGAGCGAACAUUUGGCAUCGAUGAACGAAAAGUUGCAAACGAAAACCGACGAGAUCAACAUUCUCAAGUACGAACGGGAUAACCGGCUCCCCAAGGCUGCCACUCAGCCGAAAUACUCCGCUCAGAAAGGCCAAAGAUGAGAAAAACGAAACGGUCUUUGUGGCUAAUUGCGAGUCAUUUUCCAUUUUAAAGUCCACGAUAAAACUAUUCCGUACUCACAGAAGACUCCAGGUGCAGUUGCACCGGAUUGUAAUUUUGAGUUGUGAUUUAUAGUUUUUUUUAUUUUGUCGUUGUAAAUAUAGUUGAUUAUUUAAAGCCGAGAUUUCUGCCCCGAUUGAAUUAUGUCGUUUGAGCCGUACUCUACUCCUUGUUGUGAUGCAAAAUUCGAAAGAGAGCACGGGCGCAGAUACGUGACUGAGCAUUCAAAUGUUUGUUAUAUU